GGACUGAUUUAGCCCUCAUAUCUGACUGGAAAGCGCUUAAAUAAGGCCGUGGGUAAAGACAGCAGCACACCAGUUGCAUGUAUGCAACAGAUGUCGGCUAAUAAUAACAACCUGCUGCGCCUUUAAGAGGAUGACUGAGGGGGAAACCCAAUAUCCCUCCACAUCGCCCUCAAGGCUGCAUCAAUUAGGAGUGAGAGCCGAGACCGGGCCGACAUCUCAACCUGUCCCUGCAGUCGGUCUUCCAAAGUCCUCCUGCUUUUCAUUGCUGUUUCUUCUGCUUUGUCUCACACGAGCCGGACUGAAUUACGCACUGGCACCUUUAAGAAGCUGUCACGGGGAUUAGAGUUACGCGCAGCGAGCCGAAGUCGGGGUUUCCAGGGAAGGGUCUCCUUCAGCCACACUUGUCCCCCCCCGUGUCUCGUCUUCCUCUUGUCCGUCGCUCGUCCGGGGAGCCCUCGACAUGGCCGAGACCGGGAAAGGGGUCACCGCCGGGAAACUGGCCAUCAGCGUCCAGAAGAGGCUCACCAGGGCGCAGGAGAAGGUCCUGCAGAAGCUCGGCAAAGCAGACGAGACCCGAGACGCUGCGUUUGAGGAGAUGGUGGCCAACUUCAACAAGCAGAUGGCCGAAGGCACCAAACUGCACAAGGACCUGAAAGCCUACCUGGCGGCGGUGAAAACGAUGCAUGACGCGUCGCGGCGGCUGCAGGACUGCCUGGCCGACAUGUACGAACCCGACUGGUUUGGCAAAGAGGAGAUGGACACGCUGGCGGAGGACACAGACACUCUGUGGUUGGAUUAUCACCAGAGCAUCACAGAAAAAUCUCUGAGCCCCAUGGACACGUACCUGACUCAGUUUCCUGACAUCAAGGCUCGCAUAGCAAAGCGUGACAGGAAGAUGGUGGACUUCGACAGCGCCAGGCAUCACUUUGCCUCCUUACAGAAAGGAAAGAAGAAGGACGAGGCCAAGAUCGCCAAGCCAGCAGCCCUGUUGGAGAUGGCGGCUCCCAGCUGGGCUCAGGGUUUGAUAUCAGCCCACCAGGUGGCUCAGACUAACCUCUCCUACAACCAGGCAGAGGAGGACCUGGGCCGAGCUCAGAAGAUUUUCGAGGAGCUGAACGUGGAAUUACAAGACGAACUUCCAGCGCUGUGGGACAGUCGUGUUGGCGUCUAUGUUAACACAUUCCAGAGUCUGGCAGGUCAUCAGGAGAAGUUCCACAGGGAAAUGGGCAAGCUCACCCAAAACCUGAACGACAUCAUGACCAAACUGGAGGAGCAGCGGCAGCUCAAAAAAGCUGGUGCUGCAGCAGCAAAGACAGGAGACGGUGCCAAGAGUGAGGAAGCCAACCACAGCGAAUCAGCCAGCUCACCACCAAAGGUGGGGCAGAGGCCCGGUCCUCCUCCCAGUCGGCCUCCGCCCCGACUCACGCCGUCUCCGGACCAGAGGAAGCAGCAUGUCGACCUGUUGGAGGGCGAGGCCUCGGAGCCUGACGCUAACACAGACGCCACGGCCUCAUCGACGCAGCAGUCUGAGUCCUGGUCAGGGGUAAACCUGCUGGAUUGGGAUGUAGAGGUAUUACAGCCCACCACAUUUGAAGCUCUGAAGGCGCCAUCCUGGGACUCGUGGCAAGAGAACACGGCUGCAGAGCGGCAGCCCCAGCUUGAUGAUGACGAGUACCCAGAGGAGGCCCAGGGGGACUGGGAUUAUGAUGAAGGCAACACCCAGAGCUACGACCAGCCCUGCUGGGAUGAGGCAGAAGCAGCUCAGACUCAGGAGAGCUGGAACUACGACGGAGGCUACGCUGCUCAGUCGUACAGCGAGCCCAACUGGGACGAUGAUGGCGCUCAGGUGGAACAGGGCGGCUGGGGUGAUGAUGGAGAGGCCCAGGGUGCAGUGACCAAUGGCUCAGACACUGAACUCCCUCCAGGAUUCCUCUACAAGGUGAAGGCGAUACAUGACUACGCUGCCACUGACGGCGACGAGCUGGAGCUGAAGACCGGAGAUGUUGUGCUGACUUUGGCCUUUGACAACCCUGAUGAGCAGGACGAUGGCUGGCUCAUGGGCGUGAAAGAGUCUCACUGGGUGCAGAACAAAGAUGUUUCAGCCAAAGGAGUUUUCCCUGAGAACUUUACUCAGAAGGUUUGAGGCUCCUGCUCCUCCUCCUGUGCCCUGAACUCCUCCGAUGUCUUUAUCUGGUCAAGACGUGGUCGAACCGUCACUAAAUGUGUAUUUAGACAACAAAACGUGUCACAAAUGUGUUCUGAAACACGAUGACAUCUCGGUGGCUGUGAUACAAAAGGAGCUGAAAACAGUGCCAGUUAGCGUCUCUCAAACAGUCAAAAAAUCAAAUCAUGUAGUUACAAUCUGAAGAGUGUGAAGCGCUUCAGUUCAAUUGAGUUAAAAUUCAUUUAUUUUUAUUUCUUGUCCUUAAUUAUUUAUAUUCUUGCUGAACUCGAGCAAAACACAAAACAACGUGUUGGCAGUAUUUAAGAAAUAAAUCAUGGAUGUAUUGUGUGAACGUCAAAAUAUUUUAUGUUGUGUGUUGUCAGCGGCUUUUGAAAAAUGUAUGUUUCCUUGCAUGAAGCAUUUGCAUUUGUAUUGUCAUUUACUUUGGAACAUAAUCAACCGUGGGACACCAGGUGGGCUCGCUGUGUGAAAUGUGGCUGUGAUUGGCUGAAGAGCGCAGGUGUCCUGGAGUUAAGCCCGGCAGAAAACCAAGCAGGGCUUUGCCUUGCAUUGUCAGAAUGCGUUACGGUUUCUUGGGCUUGUAGGAAUGGAGGAAGGGAACAGUAGUUUUUCUUUUAUUUUAUUGGCCAUUUUGAGUACAUGACCUGACGUGUGGCUUAAAUUUUCUAAUGCACAUAAGAUUUUAUUUCGAUUUUUGACUCAUAUUUUCAUUGAUGGAUAAGAUGCGAAACCUCGUCAUCAAAUUCAGCCGCUGAUUGUUUUCCCAUCGCUGACUUUAGUGAGGAGAUUUAUGUUAUUGAACUCUUAUAAGCAUUUUUCACUUGGCUUUGAUUCUCCGUCUCGUGGACUGAAGUGACUCUGGUUCGCUGUCUUCAGGGUUUUAUUCCGGUAGAAAUCGCAACCCACAACUGUGAUACAAGAAGCUAAAUGACAAUCUGAGGCUCAGAUAUUUCAAAUGUUUUCCAGUUCAAGACGUUAAACCCACACGAAAGGCAUUUUUACACUGUGUGCAAUUCAUGUGAGUCAGGAGUCAGUCCAAGUGGUGACAAAAGCAUCAUCUGUUGGAUCAAACCGGUUCCAUUAAAAAUGAAUGAGGCAUCA